UCAAAUCCAAUGGUUCAAAACGCAGUAUCUCCGAUACCAUAUCCAGACAACAAAAUCAGAAUAAAAACCCGAGUCCCAGUCACUGAGAACAACGAGUCCAAAACUCACCGGAAAAUAUGGCGUCCUCCCUAUUCAUCGCCGCCCGUUUCUCCUCCGACCUCAAGCCCUUCGUUGGCCUCCGCCAAAUCCCGCCGGAAAAGCACACUCCAUUGUCCAAAUCCCUCCCAACUCCCCAAAUCCACCGCCGAUUCCGCAUCUCCGCCUCCAAAUCCAGGCCCAAGCUCUCCGGCCGCAACCUCCGCGUCGCAGUGGUUGGCGGAGGCCCCGCCGGAGGCGCUGCUGCAGAAACCUUAGCCAAGGGCGGGAUCGAGACCUUCCUCAUCGAGCGAAAGCUCGACAACUGCAAGCCCUGUGGAGGCGCCAUCCCUCUCUGCAUGGUCGGCGAGUUCGAUCUCCCACUCGAUAUAAUUGACCGCAGGGUCACCAAAAUGAAGAUGAUCUCGCCCUCAAACGUCGCCGUCGACAUCGGCCAAACCCUAAAACCAAACGAGUACAUUGGUAUGGUGCGCCGCGAGGUACUGGACGCGUACCUCCGCGACCGCGCUUCCGCAUCAGGGGCCAGCGUCAUCAACGGUCUCUUCUUGAGGAUGGACCUCCCUCAAGAUCCGACCGCUCCUUACGUACUCCACUACAAUUCCUACGACGGGAAAACGGGUGGCGUGGGCGAGAAGCUCACGUUAGAGGUGGACGCGGUGAUAGGCGCGGACGGCGCGAACUCGCGCGUCGCCAAGAACAUCGGCGCCGGGGAGUACGACUACGCCAUCGCCUUCCAGGAGCGGAUCAAGAUCCCAGACGAGAAGAUGGUGUACUACGAAAAUCUUGCCGAGAUGUACGUGGGCGAUGACGUGUCCCCGGAUUUCUACGGCUGGGUCUUCCCGAAAUGCGACCACGUGGCUGUGGGGACCGGCACCGUGACCCACAAGGGCGAGAUCAAGAAGUUCCAGCUGGCGACGAGGCUUCGCGCCAAGGAGAAGAUUUCGGGCGGGAAGAUCAUCCGGGUGGAGGCGCAUCCUAUCCCGGAGCAUCCCCGCCCGCGCAGGUUAGCAGGGAGGGUUGCCCUUGUGGGGGACGCCGCGGGCUACGUGACCAAAUGCUCCGGCGAGGGGAUAUACUUUGCGGCGAAGAGCGGGCGGAUGUGCGCGGAGGCGAUCGUGGAGGGAUCGGAGAAGGGGAAAAGGAUGGUGGAGGAAGAUGAUCUGAGAAAAUACCUGGAGAUAUGGGACAAGACGUACUGGCCCACCUAUAAGGUGCUUGACGUGUUGCAGAAGGUGUUUUACCGGUCGAACCCGGCAAGGGAGGCGUUCGUGGAGAUGUGCGCGGAUGAGUAUGUGCAGAAGAUGACCUUCGACAGCUACCUCUACAAGCGAGUCGUGCCGGGGAACCCGUUGGAUGAUCUGAAACUCGCAGUCAAUACGAUCGGGAGCUUGGUGAGGGCCAACGCCCUGAGGAGAGAGAUGGAUAAGAUCAACAUCUGAAGUGUUAUUAUGUGCAAAUGAGAGAGGAAUAGCAUUCGGAUUUCAUGGUGAUUACUCUGCAAGAAUACAAGCGAAUGUGGCUGCUGUGACACAAGAGAAGUAUUUCGUUAGUUUUUAUUAGGUGUUGUAAUUGUGAUAAUGUAUUUAAUUUUGACAAAGCUUCAACUUUUUUAACAUCAUUCAAGUAAUUUCUUGAAAUCCUAAUGUCUAUUGGGCUUGAUCUAGUACUCUGCUUGCAUGGUUACCGAUAGCCGUGUGAAAUUGUUUCACAGGUUGGGAGGGGUGCCUGCAAUUUCUCUUUCGAUAUAUGAAAAUUUUAUACUCAUGUUCAAGAUCAAUUAGAGGAUCCUAUUACCAAAGUUUUCAAAUGGUGACAAGUAGGGCCAUUUUUCGUGUAAUCCAGACCAUUGCUCUGUUUUGAACCAUUAUAUAGAUGGACAACGCCCUGAAACUCUUCCAGAUGGGAAAAUCAUGGCUGCCGAUCUUGGCUCCUUCUCUUUUCA